CAAAUAUGAUUUACCGCCUCAAACACUUCUGUCCACGGCAACUCGCAGCUGUCUAUUAAGGAUUUUAGCCAAGAAAAAGCAGCUAGAGCAACAUUGCUGCUACGGAGUCGGGGUAAUAUGCCAUUCAUUCUGUCAGAUCUUCUCAGUCUGACAGGCUGUUCGAGAGUGGGUUUCUGAUUCAGUCGUCUCCAGGCACUAUGCAAAGAAGUCAAGCCAGAACUCAUGCGAACCCGGGAUACCUCUCUAUAAAGCUGAAUUCCUGCGCACGAUUUCCUACAGACCAUGGACAUCGCCCACGAAAGUCGUGUCUACGCUCGUGCACUUUACCCUCUUGGCCAUGGAUGUGCACUCUGGAUUCCUGAACCAAACGACGCACUUUCAGAACCAUAUCGAGAAACGGGUGUACGAAUUGGCGACGUCGGAAUCCUGACAAUUGAUGGUGGUUUCGACUUCAUCUUCAACAUCUGCUGCUCUGCAGAUGAUCCUAUCAACCAAUACGGAGUGCCCGAAGGAUUUCAACCUUUAGCCUGGGAUGGAAGAAGAUUUGAAAGGGCCAAUCGUUUUCGAGCUGGAAUACCUCUGUGUAGUCGCGACACGAAGCAAUGGGAUCUCAGUGUUAGAGGAGUGGCUUCAUUACCUGGACUUCCUGCUGGCGCAGGCGGUGGAAUCCGCAUUCGAUUUUGUCGAGACCGAGGUGCAAUCUUGAUGCCGCCAAAGGGAGCGAGUCGAGUUGACUGCCACAAUCUCUCCCUCUUUCGAGAAUACGCAGAACGACAUUAUGCCAACUGGUACCAGUUCUUGAACGGGACGCUAGGCAGAGAGGCUGAAAACGGAGCAUUAUAUCUCAUAACUGGUUUUGACAAGACCGAUUGCUGGGAAAACGCUGUUGUCUGCACCACAUCCAACAAACAAUCUUGUGAAGUGAUCUUCACCACGGGUGGCUUAGGGUUCGAGGGCCAUCUGAAGUUGUCUCGCUCAUCCAUUCUGCAGUCGUCAGUUUCAAGUCGGUGCUCUGUCGAUAAUUCCAAACAUAAUCAGGCUCUCUUUAUCCGAGGUUUUCGUGUAUCCAUGCGACGUGGAAUUCGGUCUGUCUGGAGGAGGACUGAAGCGGACGUGGUCAGUACAUAUGAUGCUUCUUGGAGAGAUAGUCUCGGCAGAAAGGACGGCGAUCCUCCGUUCAGUCGAACGCGUCCAUCCUCGUCUGGAUCAGAUUCAUCCCAGAGCGGUUCCGGAUCCUCUGGAAUAUCUAAGAGUAGUUUCGGAUGGCAAGACGAACUAUUAUCUUCCCCUUCUGAUGUGUUCUACUAUCACGGCGAUAGUAGUAACACCAGCCUUGGAGAAGAAGAUGUCAUGCCGAUAACACAGGUGUAUCAUCCCUUGGACAUUAUCAAUGAACACAUUCUACAAUCCAGGAGAGACGCCGAAGUUGUAAUUACUCAUGACAAUGACCUUGUUUCACUAUUGCAGAGAGAAGAUACGGAUAUACCCGAAGACCAGAUUUUGAUCAGCCGCCUGGAGGAACAACUUCAUAUCAAGGUGGAGGAAGGUUGUGCGCGUCUCGCACUCCGACCCAGAACAUUCAUUUCUACAAAUCAUAUUCAACAGAGGUCGUCCGAGGAACUUUGUAACAUUCGAGGGAACGAAGGAUAUACUUACCAAUCGAAUCAAUCUUCAAGUUCUCGUGAUUAUGUCGUUACCGCGGGAGAUCACACUGACACGAGUGUCCCGGAAGCACUUGUUCCAAAUGACUUGGGCGAUUCUCAAUCAGAUGAAAAUCCGUUCUUUUACUCUCCGUUCUCUCCAUCGGAUGUCAUCUCGGAGGAACCUCUUUUGUCUCAAGAAGCCGUUCGGCCCUCAACCUGCUGUCCUGCAUCUUAUACGCGAACGGCGGCCUCCUCCAAUUGUUCCAGGAUGGACCCGCGUCCUCAAACGGCAACAACAAGCGGCCAACCUAAACGUAAACCCGUGUACUUGUGCGAUGUGCCGGGCUGUGGAUCACCAGUAUUUGAUGAAAGACGUGAUCUUGUCUAUCAUAUUCUUUCGUCUCAUCAAGCUACUGCUAAAAAUUAUCAAUGCUCACGAUGCCAUGACUGUUUUCCGAGCCGACAAGACUUGACUCUACAUUUCUUGUCGGGUGAAUCUCGUUGUGCAAGCCCGGAACCGAAGAGGAUCAGAUUUGAGGCUGCUGUACACGAUGGGACGAAGAUGAGACUUGUUCGUCGUAUGCAAACUUGAGCUCGUUUCAAUUCAGUAUUCAUUACGAGCGCAUUCGGUAGUCUACACUUCUCUUGUAGUCCGCGGUUGAACUCGUUAAAUCAAACCUAACGCAUCGCGCACGGUAUAUCCCUCAUGACAUACACAGGUUGAGAUAUCGAUGAAACGUUGCUCUUAUUCCCUGGCCCACAAAUGAUCGUCUCCUUGUCUUCUGGCAUUGAUAUUAAAAUCGCUUCCC